CAGCGAACAAGCCGACAGCUCUGUCGCUCCGGCUCUGCUGCCUCACUCCCGCGCCAGGCCGGGCGGGCAAUCUUGCGAGCAGUGACGCCUAGUCAUGGUGCUUCCUUGCGCAGCAGCAUCCACCAUCUCGCCGCCCCUACGCCACGGACCGGACAGCUCGCAGCCCGCAUGGUGCGAUGGCCGUUUCUGAAUCUCUCCCGUCCCAGCAGCUCAUAACGCAUGCUGUCUUGGCUCGUUGCGCCUGUGCUUCGUCAUUUGUGCUACAACGCGAUGCAUCCCAGCUUCUCUCAGCCGUGCAAAUUGACUAUCUAAAGUCCCAUGCUCGAACCGCCACCAUGGCCAUGCCGCGUUGGCCAGAUUUUUAAGCUUUCUUCAACAUUACUGUAUCCUAACUUUCGAGGUUUAUUUCUAAUGCCGCCGCCUCGCUCCGAGGCUCCUCUCAGGGCUUAACUGCUGAGGGCUGCCGUCGUCGUUUGACCACGCCCCUGUCGGUUCGGAUACCCACCGCUCAGUAACUCCACGCGGCGAUUGACUUCGCUUUCUUUGGUCAGCCCUCCUCAUUGUCCACACGAAUUUUUGCCCCAAAAGCGCUUUGCCGACUCUUGUUCCAUUUCUUUCCGGACUUGCUCGCCCAUGGACCAGACUUGAAUUCUGACCGCUUUCACUAUUCUCGACCUCGCAAUCCGCCGGCGCGUUCGUACCGUGGCCCUCGUGCAGCAAUGUUUUCCGCCGAUCUAUCUUGGACGGACGAUACUGUGGAGAAAGUUGGCGAACGUCGGCAGCGACGCGCUAACAAACGGGAAAACUCGAUCUCAAGCUCCAACUCUGGCUCCAAGAAGGAUGCCAAAAAUGCUCCCAAGUCCGGUCACGCGACCAAGUCCUCGAUGGGCUCUAUUACAAAGACAAUAUCAUUUUCGAGUGUAAAGGGGUCCAUACGGCGACCAUCGACAGCCACUUCGGCACUGCCUUUCAAAAGCGCUUCUGUCACUAUCAUUGACGCGAGCCUCCCGCACAGAGACUACAAAGAUCCCGCAAAUCAACCUGAUUAUACGUAUUCUGCCUCUCUUGGAACAAGGCUACCGUCCGGGGCUCCGAUCGAGACACCCCGUCUUCAUAACUCAUCUUCCAACUAUUCGCUGCCAAUUCGUUCACUCAGGCCUCAACACGUUCCAAUAGAGGAGGAACUUCCGAGUCGAUACGCUUCGCCGUCCCCUAAAACGGUUAGUCAGCACAAAGCAUGGUCGUUCAAAAACAGGUUUGAAGCCGAAGACAUAUGUCAAUCAUAUGAGCAAGUCAAGGAUGAGAUCAUUGCUUUGCAAAAUCCUAACGCCAAUUUGUCGCACGCUGAGAGGACGUUCCAACGAGGGUACUCCACGUCACGGGGCCUGCCAGACCUUCCGGACUACGAUGAAGCAUCAGUUCAAGAGCCUGUGGAAUUGGCAGAUAAUGCUGCCGGUCGUCCACGCUCAGUUGCGAGUCAGCACUUGCUGUACUCAAACGAUGAGACACCCAAGACAAAGUAUGUGCUUCCCCACGCUGGACUUGAGCCAAAACUGGAACUACCCUCUAUCUUCCACCCACCAACCACUCAACGCACGGGACAAGGUUCAAGCACGUCGAUCACUCCAAAUAAGAGUGCCAUUCAAAACCAUGCCGCGCAAAAAGUCUCCCAAUGGACGCCUCCAGAGAGCUGGGAUAUAGUCAAAUCGCAGGUGGAAGUUCGCAAAAUUCUCGACUCUGAUUCGAGCACAGACGACAUGGUCGAUGAGCAUAGGCAAAGUAUGUUUGUUGGUAGCCAUUUCCAGCGUUUCGUGAGACGUAUGGAAUCUGCUGGGCCGCGCAUUAUCCUUGAACGUCUCAAAGAAGAGUGGGAUCUGCCCGGGGACCGGGCAAUGAGUGACGAGCUGCAACUCGAAAAACAUCUUUGGGCCUUGACGGCCUUGCAGUUGCAGAGCAUGGAUCGAUUUGCCAGACAAAAUUACUCGCCCGUUCCAACGCACCCACUUCCACCCUCGACUCCAAAGCGACGUAGGAAGAUUCUUGAACUAGACGGACACAUCGGGGAGAUUUAUCAACUAUCUGCCAUCUAUCCAAACUCGAGAAUCUACCACCUUACGAGAUCAUCGCGGAGCAGCAGCAUUCCAUUACCGGGCCAAGCAGUGCAACAUGAAAUCAGCUUGGGUAGUCCGAACGAUAGUCUCGCUAGUGCGUCCAAGUCAGCUGCAACAGGGGUCCUUCCCUUGCCCUACGCAAAUGCAUCCAUGCAUCAUAUCAGAUCCACGCGACUGGCAACUUUGGUCUCUGCCUCUCAGCUACCAUCGCUCUUGGCUGAGUGCCACCGUGUUUUGAAACCAGGCGGCGUCCUUGAGCUCCGGCUCAUGGAUGCAACUCCUGACCGACGCAGCAUGGGGCCUCUUCUCGCGAACUGGCUCGAGGAGAGGCUGUUGAUAGGACUAGAGGCAGACUUCAAGUGCCAGCGGCCGGUCACGUUGGUCCCCAAGUGGACGCGUGACGCUGGAUUCUUGCCUCUCCGUGUCAAGUCGGACGAGGCAGACGGCGUUGAGCCAGACGUGCUGAAGAACGACCACUUAAUGGCAAGAUGCUUGCGACUACCGGCAGUUGCAGCAAGUCCUCAUGCCGGCGAACGUGAUAUCGCUAGUCAAGUUGGCGUUUUGGCCAGCAGAGCACUGUGGAAAGACGCUUGGGGAGCGUACAUUAGCGACGGGUUCAGCGAACACUGGUGGUGGGAAAACCCAGAGAUCGUCGAGGAGUGCAGGGAGUGGAACACGACGUGGGAUGUAGGGACCAUGUUUGUGAUGAAAGAAAGGUCGUGAUGGGAGGGUGCUUGGCUGGAAACAGAUUUUUUGGCUUUCGAGCAUCCGUCCGGUACGGGCUCCUAUCUUCUUUCACUUUCUCCUGUGGCAAAUUUUUGUCUACUUGCUCGAUACCUGCAUGCUACUUUGUUGAAAUCAUGACCAACCCAAAAAGCCAUCAAUCGCCCUCGUUAGGAGAUUAAUACCAAAUGUUCAAGUAAAUC